AUGGCGUCUUCGGAGUCUGGAGGCCAGGAAGGGCAACCUUCAAGUAGCUACGACAUCGUGCCGCAUUCUAGAAAUAUCUAUCCUCCAGAUACUUCAGAUUCCUCACCACCACAAGGAUCGUCCCCAAACCUUCAGGAUAAGGGUGGUCAACCUCUAGUUAACGGUGCUCAAGGAGAGGGAGGACAGGGUUCAGGAAAGACUGGUGACCAUGGCGAAGCGAAAGCGAAAGCGUCGGGGAAACACACACGACGUCAAAAAGCAACCAUCGAAAGAAUAAUGAAAUGCGAAGAAAAAAACUACUAUGGAAUCCUUGACGUGCCGUCAUCAGCUCCGCAGGACGAAAUUCGUGAGGCCUUCCGCAAACUCAGCUUUUUGACCCAUCCAGACAAGACCGGCUUUAGGCAUGCAAAGGAUGCAUUUCAAAGAGUCUCGAACGCUUAUCAGGUGUUAGAAAGCAUAGCUAACAGGAGGCGUUACGACAGAGAGGGCAUGACAUACAAGCCGAAUGUCGAGGACGCCGAGGGCUUUUUUAACGAUGUGUCUGCGAGCUUUGCUGACAACGCGUAUGAUGCCGACCCAGACGACUCGCUCGACUCAACCGACGAUGACAUAUCCGACGAAGACGAGGGGGGUAGUGAUGAACCUGACGACUUGACGUUGGCGAUCUAUAAACAGGCAACGCCGUUUGUUAAUCAAUUUCUCCGCGGCAUGCCUGCUGAUCUUGACAAACUUAAAGAGUUGAAUGGGCAAUUACUGACACGUAACAAGAAGGAGAAUGUCCGGGAUCUUAAGUUCUACAUUAAUACUAACGUUCUAGAGGCGAUGGCCCAGGAAUUGGCUAAUGCUUUUGGAACCCUGGAUAAAGAGCCAACCAAUGAGAAGGGGGUGGAAACCUUGGCGAACCUGGACGAGCAACUCGAAAAGCUGAAAAGGUCUUUCCGUUACCCCGAAGACUGGAAGAUCGAGCAUCCUGCGGGCAUUAAAGAGAAAGUUGAGCAGGAGCUUCGAAAGCGAAGCAAAGGAAAGGGGCGCGCUGAUCCCGCGCCAGAAAGCACUCCAAAUAACAACGCACAAGCUGGCUCAUCCACGAAUCAAGGACAAGAGCGUAGGGCUCCUGCGCCAGAAAGCACUUCAAAUAACGACGCACAAGCUGGCUCGUCCACGGAUCCAGGACAAGGGCGCGCUGAUCAGAGCAUGACGGACAUCGAUGGCCAGGCAGGAAAUCUAUCAGGCCAUCCAAUCACCGUGUCACCAGCCACCUCAGCAGAGGUGGGAAGGGUUCGGAGCAAGGUACUCCAGAUUUGGGCUGAACAGAAGCAUGACAUCCACAUCACCGACGACGGGGAUGCCAUCUUAUGUUACAAGGCUCUUUCUAAAGAAGGGAAGGACCCGUAUGCCUACGAAUUUGUAGUGAUGACCCCGGGGACACCCCACUUUCAGGUCAAGACGGGCGCGGAGAUCGGUCGCCGGAAUGUUAAAGCCUACCUAGAAUUACGGAACAAAUAUCAGAUUUAUACCGACAAAGGUGACGACAAUACACCGAAGUAUACUUGGAGACAGAAAGACAACUUUCAGGACCUGCUAUUCGUCGCGUCAAAGCCACGAAAAUCCAGCACAGCCGGUAAAACGCCCAAGGCCGCUGAUACACAAUGUUGCGUCCUAUGGAAGGACCCCCAAAAAGCUCAGGGUGCUCGGUUCGCGGUCAUGGCCAGAAACCACUUCAAGAGUGUGGCAGACGACGACGAAAGGAAGCUCAUCGAGAAGUAUUGUAGAUCCAUGGGCGUCUUAGCGCCAUGGGAGAUGAAUCCCAAAACGGUACAGCUGUCAGCGGAUACUCCACUAGGACAACAACUUCUAUCCGCCGGGCGGUCAGGUUCGUUGUUGAGUGCGCAAUCAUUAGUCAAUUCAAAUGCUCUGGCGCUACCACUGAAUGGCGGGAAUGCAGUGGCUCAAGACGUGAUGACGACUCUCCAGAGCUCCAUCGCUUCGCUUCAAACACAUGUACAAAGGAUGGAGUCAAGGUUUGAGAGUACGAUGAUGUCGAUGAAUGAGGCAAUUUUAAAGCAACAGGAGCAGCAGACGAAGAUGCAAGAAAGAAUGGAUUGCGAACGAGUCGAACAAACCUCCAUCAAUAAGGAGCUCCUCGUGCUCCUCAGAAAUCUGACUCUAGGGUCACCAAACAGCUCCUCGGAAAAUUCAACAUAA